AUGAAUCGAUUACUAACGACUAUAUCUGCAUUUCUGCUUAUCUUUAAUUUUGUCGCGGCCGACACUGUCAACAGCCUAACGACAGCAAAAGUGCUCAUUGGUACAGAAAUAUUAACCGUUCACGCUAACAGUGCAACAUACACCAUCAAUCUCAACUCCUAUACAAAUGAGGCUAAUAGUGCAACGCAAGCAACUGUUCCAACGUGCACAUUUCAACCUUUCACAUUAACGGCAAAGCUUGGAGAUACAUUGGUCACAAAAACUAUCACCAAUGCGGAAGAAACUGUUGUGUUUGAUGCUGAUUUGCUAGGGAAGAAAAAUAGGAACGUUAUCAUGCGCUUAGGUAGCAAAGUCAUUACUGUCCCGGCAAGUACUAAUACUGUCACUAUUCAUCCCGAAAGUUUUGAUGAAGUGGUAAGGCAAAUUUUCUGUCUUCAGCAGUCGUGUGUACAGUCCGGUUAA